CCAUGAAAAGUUAUUUGCGAAGGAGUCGUAGUCAAGCAGUGGAAGACUGAAUUCCGACGACUCCCUUCUCUGUUCUGUCUCGCUGAAUUACCCAUUUCAUUCCAAAUGGGUACUCCGGAAUUCCCAGAUCUUGGAAAGCACUGUGCUGUCUCUGAUUGCAAGCUCGUUGAUUUCUUACCCUUCACUUGCGAUCGUUGCAACCAGGUGUAUUGUUUGGAGCACCGAAGCUAUAUUAGACACCAGUGCACAAAAGCUGAUAAGCUAGAUCUCACUGUAGUGAUAUGUCCACUUUGUGCCAAAGGGGUUCGCCUAGUUCCUGAUCAAGAUCCGAAUAUAACUUGGGAGAAUCAUGUUAACACCGAUUGCGACCCGUCAAAUUAUGAGAAAGUCACAAAGAAGAAAAAAUGCCCUGCCGCUGGAUGCAAGGAGAUCUUAGUAUUCUCAAACACAAUUAAGUGCAGGGACUGCAUGUUAGACCAUUGUCUGAAGCAUCGGUUCGGACCUGAUCAUAAAUGUCCGGGGCCCAAAAAAUUGGAAACAAGUUUCCCGUUUCUGAGUCUUUUGAACAAGAAUAGAAAAGAGGAACGGAAACCCAAUUCAAGUUCAACCCCCUCAUCAUCUAAAUGGUCUUCAAGCUUUCUUAAUGCAGCUUCUAACAUUCGAGCUUCAGCUGAGGCUGGCAUGUCAAAAUUGAGUGGUGAAAUUAACCAAGUAUGGCAGACAACAAAGGAUGGAGUGGGACAGAACAGUGGCAGUGAACACGUAGAGCAAUGCCCUCAGUGUGGUGCCAAGUUUUCCUCAGUCACUACUUUGGUGGAGCAUGUACAAAAGGUUCAUGAAAGAAGUGGCAACCAAUCUGGAGUGAGGGUUGCAAUUGAUGUUUGUCCUAAGUGCAGUAAAGGAUUUCGAGACCCUGUGUCUCUUGUGGAGCAUGUUGAGAGGGAUCAUGGUGGUAGUUCAAGAGCCUAGUGUGAAGUUCAUAUUGAAUUAGUUUCUAAUUGAAGGAAUUGUACUUUCUGCAUUGAGCUAUGAUUUGCACACACUAACAGUACAAACAAUCUACAUACACCCAAUUUUGUUCUCUUUGAAUCAAUCACAUUCAUAUUUCUCUCUCUUCUCUUCCUUUCUCACUUGGGUGUCUAACUCAUUGAGUGUCUACCUAACAUUUUCCUUUGCUGGGAUGAAUUCAGUGUACUUUUCCAUUUAUUGGGUCCCAUUUUAUAGCAGCAAGAUAUGAAUAAGAAUUUGAAGAUGUUUGUUAUUUUUCAA